GUAAUGAUAAUGAGCAUGGGAAGUUUCAGCUCGGUGCUUGAUGCCAGUAAAAGAACUUUGUUUAUCCUGCUUCCGUCCUCUGCCUGUGAGUACAUGCAGAAUGGAUAGUCACUAGUACUGGGUGAAAGGCUGAAUACUGAGAAAGGAAGAGAAAGAGGAGUAGGCAGAUUGGGUGGAGUAAGAAUCGGGGGAGUAUAUAAGGGAACGGAUAUACGAUUACUGGCAAAGCUCAAGUAAAGCAGCAGCUGUUUGGAGUGUUAGUCACUGGCCUCUCUACAGUCUCUGUUCCCCCCCUCCUCUCUUUCUCUGUCUCUCAUGAGAGUGUCGUGAAUAGCUCCUGAAAUAGAGGCCACAGUGGAGCGUAGAGGGGGGAGAUGUGGAAAGACGGCGGUGUAGACAGAGGAGGGGUUUGUGCGGGGCAAUGUGAUACGGUGCCACUGUGAGAAACACAUGGAAAAGAAUAUGGAGUGAGGGGAAAGAGCAAGAAAGAGCACGGCUGGAUGUGUAUGCUGGGGAACUGUUUCUCUCAAUGUGGGAAGGGUCUCAUCAGCACCGAAGGGCGUGCAUGUGUUGAUUUUGAUGAGUGUGACGAUGACCAAGUACAAUGUGGAGAAGGUGCAAUGUGCUACAACACCCAUGGCAGUUACUACUGUGUGUGCUUAUCUGGCUUCAAGAACAUUGCUGGGACCGUCAGCUUCACAGCGACGACUGGACAGUGCCAAGAUAUCAACGAGUGUAACGAUCAGGUUGGAAUCUGCGGUCAUGCUGGUCGCUGUUCUAACCGGAUAGGGUCCUACAACUGCACCUGCCAAUUUGGUUACGUCAGCCCCAACGGCACGGAAAAGUGCAGAACCAUAAAUACAUGUGCGGAAGCUGAAAUUAAAGGAGACAACAUCUGCGGCGAGAAAGGAACGUGCAAGAACGAUGAAAGGAGUUACCGGUGCCAGUGUCCAAAGGGAUACACCAACUACGGCAACAAAAGGACGCCGUGUUCAGAGCUUAAAUGUGAUGGCUUCAGUGCUGAGAAUGGACCUACACAGUCGCCCCGAGGCUUGUUGGCAAAUAUUUUGUCCAUGAUGAGAAACAGCUGUUUGGCCCUGUCCAAUCCAAGUGCCGCCGGUGAAGAGAAGGUUGACGGAGAGGCGCUACUGGAGAAACUUUUCACAGCCACCGAUGCUGUCCUGUCCCCCGGUCGUCCAGACAGUGCUGAGGAAGUGAGUUUGCUGCUCGGUACAUUGGAGAACUCCAUCAUGUUCAUCGGUCCUCAGCUAAAAAAAAACUACACCAAGAUAGAAACCGCCGAGACAGAUGUAGAGAUCGCUGUUCAAAGGGGAAGCACACGACCCACUGGAGCGAUCCAUUUGACCAAUGAGAACGCAACACUCGACACCGACUGGGAAACAGCAUCUGGGAUGGAAACAUACCCUGGCUUUGCUAUGGCUGCACUGCUGACCUAUAAAAACCUGAAGAUCUCAGGGAACCGUUCUUUUGAGGAGCUCAAAGGACCUAAAAAGGAUGGCGUGGAUCCGUCCUUCCAGAUCUUCUCUAGAGUCGUGUCUGUUGUGGUCUCUAAUCCCUCCACUCAGAAUCUGAGCCGCUCUGUCCACAUCACACUCAGACAUUUAGAGGACACAGAGGAGUCCCCUGCGGUGAGGUACAUCUGUGUUUACUGGACUGAGAGAGAGGCCUGGUCCACAGAUGGCUGCUAUCAACAUCACUCCAACGCCACACACACUGUGUGUAAAUGUGAACAUCUGAGUAGCUUUGCUGUGCUCAUGGCCCUGUACCCCAUUGAGGAACCGUUUGGGCUCCUGUUGGUGAACAACAUGGCGCUGAUCAUCUCCAUCGUGUGUCUGUUGCUGAGCAUCGUGACGUUCAUGUUCUGCCGCUCCAUCCAAGGGACCCGCACCACCAUCCACCUGCACCUCUGCAUCUGCCUCUUCCUGGCCGACCUCGUCUUCCUGGCUGGCAUUUCACAAACUGAGCCUGUGGACGGCUGCAGGUUUGUUGCAGCGAUGCUCCAUUACCUCUUCUUGGGAGUCUUCACCUGGAUGCUGCUGGAAGGCGUGCAGCUCUACCGAAUGGUGGUCCUGGUGUUCAAUGCCACCAUCCGACCCCUGUACCUAUUCCUCGCCGGUUACGGGAUACCCCUGGUUAUCGUCAUCAUAUCUGCCAUUAUCAGACCAAAAGGAUACGGCACUGACAAAUUCUGCUGGCUGUCUCUAGAGCACGGCCUCAUAUGGAGUUUCCUCGGCCCUGUGUGCUUCAUCAUCGUCAUCAAUGUCUUCUUCUUCAUCAUCACUGUUUGGAAGCUCGCCCAUAAGUUCACCAGCCUCAACCCAGAGCUCUCCGAGCUAAACAAAAUCAAAGCAUUCACAGUGACAGCUAUAGCCCAGAUGUGUAUACUGGGUCUCAUGUGGGCGUUUGGGACCUUACUGUUCCAAGAAGGCACCGUACAUACCAGGACGGUGUACGCAUAUAUCUUCACUAUUCUGAACAGUCUGCAGGGGGCGCUGAUCUUCAUCUUGCAUUGCCUGCUGUCUAAGCAGGUGAGAGAGGAGUACGCACAUUUCCUCUCCUGCAUCUGCACACCACAGAAGAAGAGAUACUCGGACCUCACGAGUACCAAUCCCUCCAGUUCUCAGUCACAAGGCUCUAGAAGCGGGCAGCAGACCAGUGAAUCCCAAAUAUGAAGAGCUCCAUCUUUUAUUCCUCCCCAAAAGACUUUGAACGAUUUGGAUCCCUUCAAAUUAAAAUUCAGUCAUGACACAUUCACCCGAAUGUAAGUUUAAAGUCUGGCUUGCUGUUUUGUGAUCUCAUGCUACAUGGUUAGAGUCAUCGUCAAUCUUUUAUUCUUGAUAAACCAAAUCACUUUUAUUUUGUGUUUGUUUUUCACAUAUUCUUUUAGUUUUUAGUGGGAAUCGAAAUUAACAAUGACCCUGUUCCAAGGUCACAAAACAAAAAUGACGGGAACCAUUGCUCUAAACCAGAGACUUUUAAAGAUUGAUGAAUCAUCCCCACAUCCUCACACUGUCCAUAAAGCCAAAAUAACCCAGGUAUGAACGCUGCCAUCUUGAGCAUUGUGAGCUACAGAUAUAUAUUUUGAGUUAAAAUCAGGAGAUAGCGAGGUCCUAUGUUUGACCAAUCAUGAGUCUGUCUCAGCUGUCAAUCAUGAUUGUUUUAUCCCAUUUUUAUAGUAUCAAAUUACUAACUAAGAAAACUUACCUCGAAAAUUAACAAACGAAUAAACAUCAGUGUGAUAAAAACGACCUAAAAUACCUAAACCAUUUUUUAGAAGAGGUUAGGAAAUUUGACGUGUACUUAUUUGGUCCAUGUACCAUUCACUAACAUGGGAGAGGCAUGAUUUUUUUGCCUUUAUUGCAGCAAGCCACCAGGGGGCGAUUAAGACACUUUGGUUUCACUUUUAGGGAAGCAGUCAUCCCAUCCAUCUUUACAUGCAGUCUAUCUUUAAACACAUCUGUCCAAGGCCGGUCAGAUCCUACUGAAGCCAAUUCUUAUCGCUAAAAACCCAAUAAUCUGAAUGAAUCCAACAGGACUUCUCUUGCAAAGUGUGAAAUUAUUUCCUCAUUAUAUUCUUAUUUCCCCCCACUGAAAAUGAUGUAUAUGACCAAUGGUAGAUAAAAGUGUAUUGAUAAUGACUAAAUUUCUCUUUUGGUGUGAGGUUACACUUAAAAUGUUCUCAUGGUUACAGCAGGCAAAGAGAAGCUAAACCUCUUAAAGUGUUUAUUCAGGAACUCUGUAAGUGAAAGUGAAGAUAUUUUAGUAGCUUAUCGGUUCAGCCAGAACAAAUCACUGUUAAGUGUAUUACCCAUGGGAGUGGUUGAAAGUGAAAGUGAUGCAGACUAUUUAUUUUUCCAAGAGCAGACUAUGAAGUCUAUGUUAUGUAGGCUGCAAGGAAAUAUGUUUAAAGCACGAGCAUACACUUUGCAUUGUAUUUUAUAUAAAUGUAUGAUAUAGAUAUAUGCGCGGGUGGGAAUUUUUGUUCAGGGGAGCUUCACAGAAUGUCUUUGUCUUCAUGUACUGUAUUGAAUAGUGUGCUGUUACAGUAAGAAACAACUGACCGAUGAUGUAAAUUACCCAUGAAGUGCCUCUGAUGGCUCCUCCUGCAAGUCCCAUGUGGGCGUCUGCAAGGUUUUCAUGUCUGUUGUUACUUGCUUUGAAACAAAAUAAGUGAUUUAAAAAAAAAACCCCACUUAUGGCUGUUUUUUAAUAAUCUAUCUUGGCUUGCAAAUGAGCUGCGCCACUUUAUGAAGCUUAUUUUAUUCUUGAAUGUGUGACAAAGAAAUCUCGUCCAAAGUGACAGCUUUGACCAAUCACAAAAACAGACCCACCCCUGUGAUAAGCCUGCAGCUUCCUGCAAUCAUGGCGUGUUUAUGAAAGAAAAUGUACUUAUUAUAACUAUAAGCCUGUGCCUCGACACACUGUCAGUGAGUGUAAGGUCUCACAUUCCUGAAAUGAAGUGUGUGUCAAAUGGGAGUUGGACAAAUUGGAUUUAAUUGCACUUUGUCUUUGUCAAAAUGAUCGUCCAGCAAAUCCUGGAGUCAUCCAGUCCCACUUAGAGAACCAGAAGAGUUUACUUGUAGAAAUAAAGCUCUCAGUUUUAUUUUACAAUUAUAAUUUUUUUUACUUUUUGAUAGAAAUUGAUUGGAUUAUCUAAAAGACAUUGAUUGUUUUGAUAUUUUGGAUUUCAAAUCUGUCUUUUCAUGUGUUUUGUUUGUGUUGAAAUUGUUUCUCCCUUUGGUUUGGAGACCCUGAUGAACACCAUGUCUGUGUAGAUUGGAUCUAAACUGUUCUACGGUUCUAAACUGUGACUGAAAACACAGCAUCUUGGCCAAUGACAACGAUUAUUCACGCAUUGCAGAAAGUAUUUCUAUGUGAAAAAGCUACUCUGCAGUCUGCAGAAUUUUUUGAAUGUAAGAUUCUUAUUGAUACAAUGUACUAUAUAUGUUGUAGUUUUGAGCUAUUUGAACCUAUUUUUCUACUUGUUUUGUUGUACGAUGUUUGGUACUUUUUUUCUUCAAAGAAUAUGUAGCAAUAAAUGUUAAUAAAAACCUUUACUUCUA